UCCUCAUACUUCUGUCUGAAGAGAGAAAUGGCAAGUGACAGGGGCAAUGCUGCUUUACCUGACCCUCCCACUCAAAGUGAAGAAGAAAACAAAGAAGAAGAGAAGACUUUUUGGAAUAUCUUUGCAGAGUUAGAAUCUGUGGACCUGCCUCUGGGAACCACUUUACGGUCUAUUUACGAUGAUCAGCCCAAUGCCCACAAGCGUUUCAUGGAAAAGCUGGAUGCCAGGAUAAGGAACCAUGACCGUGAGAUUGAGAAGAUGUGCAAUUUCCACCACCAAGGCUUUGUGGACGCCAUCACAGAGCUCCUCAAAGUCCGUGCUGAUGCAGAGAAACUAAUGGGUCAAGUGACAGACACUAAUCGAAGACUACAAGAGGCUGGGAGGGAGGUGACAGCUCAGACAGAGGAGGUGAUUCGCUGUCGGAUCCAGCAGAGGAACAUGGCCACCACUGUGGAGAAGCUCCAGCUCUGUAUACCAGUGCUAGAAAUGUACAGCAAACUAAAAGAGCAGCUGGACUCCAAAAGAUACUAUGCUGCAUUGAAAACCAUGGAGCAGCUGGAGAAGGUCUACAUCCCCAGGGUCAGUCAGUACAGGUUCUGUCAGAUCAUGGCUGAAAACCUUCCCAGACUGAGAGAGGAGAUCAAGGAGAUUUCCAUGUCAGACCUCAAGGACUUCCUGGAGAGCAUCAGAAAGCACUCUGACAAGGUUGGAGAGACCGCCAUGAGACAGGCACAGCAGCACAGGACCUUUAACAGUGCUGUAUCCAAGCAGGCCAACGUGGGCCACUUCACCAAGCCUGUGUACUCCCUCAAUGGACGAACACACACUCACACUCACAAUGGCCUGAUGAUGGAUGACGACACAGGAGAAGAGGAGGAAGCAGAUGAAGAGAUUCUUACAGCUCAGGACCUGGUGGACUUCUCACCUGUCUACAGGUGUUUGCACAUUUAUACUGUGCUGGGUGACAGAGAAACAUUUGAGAACUACUACAGGAAACAGAGGAAGAAACAGGCCCGGCUAGUACUGCAGCCACAGGCUAACAUGCAUGAGACAGUGGAAGGCUACAGGAGAUACUUCAAUCAGAUUGUAGGGUUCUUUGUUGUGGAGGACCAUAUCCUCCACGCCACACAGGGACUGGUGACCAGAGCUUUCACCGAUGAACUGUGGAACAUGGCCCUGUCCAAGAUCAUCGCUGUGCUCCGCACACACUCUUCAUACUGUGAUGACCCAGACCUGGUCCUGGAGCUAAAGAACCUCAUAGUCAUCUUUGCUGACACACUGCAGGGUUAUGGUUUCCCAGUGAACCGGCUGUUUGACCUUUUGUUUGAGGUCAGAGACCAGUACAAUGAAACUCUGCUCAAGAAGUGGGCACUGGUUUUCAGGGAGAUCUUUGAGUUGGACAACUACAGUCCCAUCCCAGUGGAGACAGAGGAGGAGUAUAAACUGGUUGUUAGCCGCUUUCCCUUCCACGAUGCUGAGAUAGAGAAGCAGGACUUUCCGAAGAAGCUGCCAAUGUCCCAGUCUGUCCCUCAGAUCUACACACAAGUCAAAGAGUUCAUUUAUGCCAGCCUGAAGUUCUCAGAGUCACUACACCGCAGUUCAACAGAGAUUGAUGACAUGUUGCGAAAAUCAACCAACCUGUUGCUGACAAGAACACUCAGCAGCUGUCUGCAAAACCUCAUCAAGAAACCUCACAUAGGACUGACUGAGCUGGUGCAGAUCAUCAUUAACACCACCCACCUAGAGCAGGCCUGCAGGUAUCUGGAGGAGUUUAUAACAAACAUCACCAAUGUCUCCCCCGAAACAGUACACACCACAAGACUCUAUGGCUUGUCCACAUUCAAGGAUGCUCGUCAUGCUGCAGAGGGAGAGAUUUAUACCAAACUCAACCAGAAGAUAGAUGAGUUUAUUCAGCUAGCUGACUAUGAAUGGGGCAUGGCUGAGUCGGACGGUCGUGCCUCUGGAUACCUCAUGGACCUGAUCAACUUUCUGCGUUCCACUUUCCAGGUCUUCACACACCUCCCGAAUAACAACAAUGACCAUGCGUCGAUGUCGGGGAAAGUGGCCCAGACAGCUUGUAUGUCAGCCUGCAAGCAUCUGUCCACAUCACUGAUGCAGAUGCUGCUGGACACAGAACUCAAACAGAUCAGUAUGGGGGCCAUUCAGCAAUUCAACUUAGAUGUCAUUCAGUGUGAAUUAUUUGCCAGUUCAGAGCCGGUCCCUGGCUUUCAAGGAGACACACUCCAGCUGGCCUUCAUCGACCUACGACAGCUCCUGGACCUGUUCAUGGUGUGGGACUGGUCGACUUACCUGGCAGACUAUGGCCAGCCAACCUCCAAAUACCUGAGAGUGAACCCAGCCACUGCCCUGGCUCUACUGGAGAAAGUCUACAGGGGGAUGAAGGACACCAGUAAGAAGAACAACAUCUUCUCUCAGUUCAGGAAGAACGACAGAGACAAACAGAAGCUGAUAGAGACUGUGGUCAAACAACUGAGGAGCCUGGUCAAUGGCAUGUCCUCCUAAACACACACACACACACACACACACACCGGAGUGACGUGUGUGUCACAAAGAGAUAUACAUGCAUGCAAUCACAUGCACACACUGAACUGCCAAGACACUCACAAAGGAAGGAGAUUUUCACACAUGUAAUGAAGUGAUAACACACAACAUGACAGUGACCUACAGAAGAACCACACAGGGAAUUUACACACACAUAUAGACACACAAAAGGGACAGAUAGACAGCUUACAUACACACAUAACAUAAAGGCACAGCAAUAUACACACUGUAUAAGGCAUGCAGGGAACAGACUCCUAGUAAAUAUGACACACACACACACACAAAGUCAUAUCCUCUCCUUACUGUUAUACCGGACUGAAUAAUGUAAAUAACUUUCACACACACCCAUAUUAAAACAGUUUACUGGACUCUUCACAGGAGUGAACAGUAUAUAAACUAUGUUUUGUACAUUUGUGAGAGUGUAAUGAUUGUAACUACAGAGGGAGACUGGUACAGCAGAGGAAGUGACACUCACAAGUACUGGGACAAUGAGGUCAAAGGUCAGCACUUACUGCACCACAGGUGUUUCCUGUUGUCCUAUCAAAAACCCAUAUUAUACUUUCAACAUGAUAACACUUCUACUGAAAAUUACAUUAGAGCACUUUUGUCCUCCAUGGAUCAAGGUGGAAUGUAUUUUCUUGCAUUUCAGUCUGAAGAAUAACAAAUUAAUUGUUAAUCCAAUCAAGAUACUGGUAAUCUACUGAUCAAGUUAGUGAGACAAGAGUCAACUGUCGUCUUGUGUCAAAUGAACAUUUUACAGAUUUAAUGAUCUUUUAAAGGCAAAAUAGGAGGCUAUAGCUCAGUAAUGACUCCAGCCAACUUCUCCACAUUAACCAGUUGUGCAUCCAUUUAACAUGGGUCUCAUGUUAAAAUCAUAGACUGUAUAAAAUAUGGACGUAGUCUCUGUGACGUCACCCAUAGGUUUCUGAAGAGCCAGUGUGAAGCUAAGUGUGGUGGCCCAGGCCGACGCCAUCUUGGCAGUGCCUGACUCCGCCGGCUCCGGGCUAUUCCAAAAAUGGACAAAGAUGUGGAGCUCAGGCCGAAUGAAGCCUGGUUGCCGAAACUAGCCAUCUGUGAGGGCAGCAACCUUUCACUCAAAGUGGCCACAUCCUUAAUUAUGCAUAACUUAACUAAACCUUAAUAUAAUUUAAACAGGUGACUCAUAAAAAUUCACCCCUGUACAGUUGUCAUGAAUGGGAAAAUUAGCUAUAGAGACCAAACCCGUUUUUUGGGGUUGUAAACAUGUUUAUUUCUGCUGUGAAGUUGGGCAUUUUACAUGGGGGCUUAUGGCGAUUGAAUCACUUUUGGAGCCAGCUUCAAGUGGCCAUUCGAGGAACUGCAGUUUUUGGCACUUCGCAUUGGCUUCAUUUAUCAGCACCGGAGGUUGCCGUUUGGUUAAAAGCUAAAAAAACAUAGAUAGUACAUUUAUACACAAAAGAAACCAAGUUACUCAGGUUACCCAGGUAAUCACACAUCAAAGUAGUAACUUGGUUACUCUAACUCUCUGCAGCAGAUCAGUAUUCAAGUUUCUUUAAUACUCCUGAACUUAUUUUGAAACCUUGGCUGACUUAUUUUAGCUGUAUUGGUGAUGCAAGAUGUUGCAUAUCUGUGUGUGUGUGUGUGUGUGUGUGUGUGUGUGUGUGUGUGAGCAUUUGGACUGAUAGCACAAUGAGGGGACAGGCUCCGUAGUGAGAGCACAGUUUUUCCUUACCAUGCAAGUCUGCGUGUCCAAAUUUAGAAACCCAGUUACGCAUAUAUAUAUACAGAACCAAAAAAAAGUCUUUCUCCAGGAGAAAUCAAGCUGGAGAAAUAAAUUUAUCAGGUUUCUCUUAUCCUCUACCCCUAGUAUGGAUACCAGGUUUCUCCUUUAAAUGAGAUUAAGGAAAACAGAUUCCUGUAACCCAGUUUCUUAAGUGCAUGUUGGCUUUGGAUCUGGGGUUCUAAUGAAUCUCUAUGUAGAUUUAUAUUCAAAUACUGUUAUUUCAGACCGUAAUCAAUGUAUUUCAAUGGAACUGCUGCCAUCAAAGGAUUCAGUCGCGGGGCUAAGUAAAUAUACGCAGAGAUUUGAAGUCCAGUUCAAGUUUGACACAUAAAUUUGCACCAUUGAUCAACUGCAAACGAUGCCUACAGAGCUGAGCUUUAAGGAAACGGACACAGCUGUAGAAUCCAGUAUGGACUCUGCAUUGCACCAUCCAAUUUUGUAUAAGCCCGAUCUGUCAGAGCAAAAACUGCUCCUGAGGACUGAGGACUUGUGGCAUGGUCUACAGUCAGUCAUGAGACACAAGUGGGAGCUAUAAACACGUUCUAUUGUAUUAUUUAACGUAUUGUCUGUAGAGCAUUCACAUACGUGGCUAUUUCUUUUAUAGUUGUACAGAUUCUGAGUAUGACAUUUGCAUUUUUAAUUUUCGUUUCAAACCCACCUCCUGACAAGAAUUGGAUCAACCAAUCCGCUUGCUUGAUGCUGAGCCUUGUUGGAUCCUCUGCGACCUACGGUUACCCAUAACACCCUUCUCUGCUUAAACCUGCAGGGAUGUUUACAUGUAUCUUCAGAGAAUUGUAAUUCCAGCCUAAAUAGUCACAAUGGCACCAAGCUUCCAGCAUCACCUACAUCAUUAGGCAUAAAUGAAUUUGGCUUGUACCAUUUUCUGGUGUGACCGGGCUCUUAACCUGUUUUCUCAUCUCCUGGUUUUAGCUUGAUCCAGGUAACUAUCAUAGCAGUUUCUGUAGAAUAACUAUAAUAUUAUAAGAAACGUGAUGAACCAUAUUCAGAUGGUUACCCUGGCAUGAUAACAUGUCACUGUUCCUAUUAGGUUUCCAGCAUCUGUCUACUUCCACAGAGUUAUGGGUAUGGAAAUGGAAAGACCAAGUUAAACUCAUUGUCCCAACACUUCAACUUCAACUGCGUAUGUGUGUGUGUGCAGAAACACAGUGAUGUUGAGGUCAGGGAAAAAAAGAAGAAUAGAUGAAUGGAUGAUGACGUCUUUAAAGACUGAUGUUUUGUUGAAGUCCUUGGUGGCUUUGUUUGCUGUUUGUCUUCUUUUCUGCCUCACAUUGUACAUUUGAACCAACCUGAGACAGAACCUCAGUGACUGAGCAUGGAGGAGUUAAGUGUGUGCUUGAACAUGAUACAUGGCUGUCACAGGCAGUAAAGGUGAUGAAACUUGUUUGCAGAGAGCAGUUAUGGAGUGUGUCUUUGACAUCCAGAUUGUAGUUGGAAUAUUCAUGUUCUUUGCACAUGAGAAUGUCAAAUGAGGCUGAAAAUCUGAAAAGUGGCCUUUUAGAUUAUUUGGUCCAUCUUGUGUGAAUACACAGCUUGGACAACAUAACACAACACUUUCCCAAAUAAUGCAGUCUGUUACAACAACACACAAAUUCAUGCAGACAUAGGCUGGGUCAUUGCAGGUUGUUGUACUGGAUUGUAUUAUUCUUAUAAUUAUUAUUAUUAUUAUAAUUAUUAUCAUCAUUAGGUUUGUUCAGCAAAGGCUCCAAGGAGCUGAUGAGGAUUUUGGGUUGGAGUGUCAUAGUGACCACUGCAUGAAGCAAUCCUAAUGGAGGGUUUGCAUGUGAUGUCACCAUAUGAGAAAUUCACUAUGGUAACAGGAAACUGACACCUUGUAUUAACAUGCAAUUGUUGUCUGGAUAUGUUUGGUGUAAAGGCAGGCAGAACACAUAGCUAUUGGAAUGUGACUGGAUCAGCAAGACCACCUCUGGAGGUUUCUUGUCAUCAGAUCUCAGACAGGUAUAAAUAUCAUCUGUACCGUUUGGAAACAUUCUUAAGAAAAAAAGUCCACCCAACAAGUAGAAAGGCCAAAAAGCUACAGACAAGUUCUUCCUCUUCAAAGGAAGAAUAAGUAGAGCACAUACAACAGCAUCACUCAGACUCUGGAGGGGCCGCUACAACAUGCAAGACAAGAGUCACAGAAAGGGUUAGCUGAGCUAGCACUAGUGCUAGCAAGCUUCUCCACUGGCUCUGAUUACCUUAAAAAACUCAAAUUAUACUUUUUUGUUCUUGUGGUUUCAUUUAGCCAUGUCCACAAGGGGCCAGCUCAAAAUGUAUGACUGAACAUGUGGAAACACACCUUCCUAUGUAGACACCCAGUGUAGUAUAAACUGAGCUGCAUUUGCUGUCCGUGUCGGUUUUGGAGUAUAUUGGUCCUUUUAAGUUACUAGUUAACAGCCAGAUAUAAUCCACGGCCACGGACACAGACAGUGAAUGCACACGUGGUUCUCUUUAUACUACAUUCGGUGUCUGAAUAGUGGGACAUUUUCACACGUGCAGUAUGGAUCGUAUGGCCCACACGUACAGUCUACGCAAGCAUACAUUUUGGGCUGCUCACGAACAUGGAUAGAUGAUGAAAUUUACAUCACGUGGACACUCACAGCUAUUCGAACAUUGUAAGUAUAAUUUGCACUUUAGUAAGACACUCAGCAGAUGCCAUUAUCCAAAUAAAGAUCACAGGUUAAUACCAGGUGAAAACAUUUCAGUAUCCACAGACCAACUGGAACGUCAUACACAUCAUUGAUAAAUCCAGUGACCUUUACUUGUAUAAGACUUUUACAGAUUAGUUUGUUUUCCUCCCAGUGUCACAGCUGUACUCAUGCAUAGCAUCCACAGCAGUGUUUGGCCACUCAGUGGUGGUGAGGGUGGUCAGGUGGUAUCAUGUAAAAGGUGACAUCAGUGCAUGCCCUCUUCCUUCCUCUGUAAAUCCUCAGUGGUAGGAUUAAGAACAUUAUUUAUGAUGUUAACUGAAGUUUUGUCUACAACCCACUAAAACGGCUUAAUUCAUGGUUACAAGAAAACAAGGCCCAAAUGGGGAAUUGUUAUUAGUGAUUAUAUAUACAUAUAUAUUUAACAGUUAAGUAACUUGCAUUCUAAAUUCUUUGUUUAUGUUCCUCAGGGUGAAAUGAAGCUUUAGAAUCUCAUAACCCACAUAUAUCCACAAAGCACAGCAAUAAUGAAUUGGUUCCUUUACAGCCUCGCUGGCAGGUUGAUGCUCACCUAAAACCUGCACAUGACUCCUGAUGACAAACAUUUUAUAAUGAGACUGUUUCUAUUCUAUUUAUGUUUUGGGUCUGUGCUCCACUUUCAGCAGGCAUUUUUGCACUGAAACUGAUUGAAGUUUUCUUUUAGAUUAAUUUCUUGCCUUUUUUAAAAAGUUGCUUGUAAAUGCCACUGUAUAUACUGCAUAUUUUGUAAAGAAAAUAUUGCAGCAGUUUGCCUGCUACAAACAGAAUUGGAGGUUGACACUGUGAUAUGCACCUCCAUCAACACCUAAAGUAAAUAUGUAAUUAAUAAGAGUUUGAAUUUGUGUUUGUUGCUUACUUGGUAAACAGAGUUGAGUACAGUGUGAGGAGCUCAGUGAUUUAUGUUGGUACCUUCUCUCCACUCAUUUGCAUGGUUAAGAUAAAAAAAAUGCUAUAUUAUGUUCUUGCAAGUAUAUAAAUGCUGGUCCUAAAGAUUUCAGCUAACUGCUCAUAGAUAUUAUCCAAAAUAAAGGACAGUUCCAAAUUCAGUUUUAGUCAAAGGCUUUCUGUGCACACUCCUCCUUUGUGGGAUUCAUCACGAAAAUCCGGUUCUCCUGGUUUGGAGGUGUGUACAGCGCCUGUGUCAUUCAGCUCUCCCUCUCCUGCCUCCUACCAUGCAUUCAUGUCCAUUUUACCAUAAAUUCUCAAAUAAUAGCUGGGCCAGCCCUAACAAAUACAAGUGAAAAAACACUGAGGAUAGGUGGAAUACCUGUAGUAAAAUGGCUCACAUAGCAUCGUGUACUAAUUCCAUCAGUACAGCAACAGAGUCAUGUCAUACUCACCACUCUGCUGCUCUCACUUUCUCAUUUUACCACAAAUACUGUUUCAUUCACUACUUAUUUCCAUUUCUUUCUACUUUGUCGUUUUUUAGUGCUUCUAAGCUACUGUCAGUCCAACUCAAGACUUCCUGCAGAGGUUUCACAUUUAAAGUCUACCAGAAAAAAGGGAGGAAAUAUGCCCUUUGACCGACUGGAAGACUUUGAAACCUCUUUGCAGGAGGUGUUGAGUUUCAUUGACAGUAACUUAACAGCAAUUGACAAAAGUGGCAAAGUAGAAGCGAUUGGAAAAAAUCAGGGUAUGAAAACAGUAUGUCUGUGAAAAAAAGAAACUCAACAGCAGAAUGGUGAGUAUGGCAUGACUCUUGUGUUGGAGUUAAAACUGAAAUGCACAUUAUACUGAAUUUAUUAAGACAACAAGUAAACAUAGAAGGAGUGUUGAGUAUACAUUGAUAGCAAAUUAAAUAAGGAGCAGAUCAGAAAACAGGGAAGCCUCUAGCUCAUAUACAUCUCAACCCUGUCUCCAAGAAAUUAUGUUUACAUUAUAUACUACUAAUUUAUUUACAAAGUGUAGUGUGACACCAGAGACCGGGUUCACAUCCUGGGUCCUGUGUGUGGUUAGAUUUAGGCAACAAAAGCCCUUUGCCUAAGGUUAGGGGAAGAUCGUGAUUUUGGUUAAAUGUUAAUAAACACGUCCUGUGUCGUGCUGUGUGUGCCUAAACAAAACCAUAAUGCAGUAGUUGCUACAGGCAGAUAUUGUAUUGCAAGAUCAGAUAUUUUGGCGGAAAACACAUGAAAUUCAAUUGUCAAUGAACAUUUUACUGAUACAUUCAGUAUCAAGUAUUUUGAUACUAUCAGUAUUUUGCCACUUGCCAGAUACGUUAAUUAACAUUAAUCAAUUAACAUUUUCUCAUUAUGCUAAUAGAAAACGGAAUAUGGGCAGCAUUACAUUAAUUUCUGUAAUUUCAAAACAUGAUCAAAUAUACUUAGAAAACAAGGGAAUUAGAUAUAAAGGCCUGUGGCCAAUCUGUGGUCUUUUGAUUUGGCAGCAUUUCUGUUUCCUGGUAAAAUUGCACAAAUCAAGAUUUUAAAAAUCAAGGUUUUACAUAACACUGCUUGUUUGCCAGUGAUUAUUUCAAUUUGAAUUUAAAAAAAAAAUGUUUUAAUGUUUUUCUUGCCUUCCACAGAAGUGGAGAGAGGGUACAUUUUGAUAUCCAAAGCAAUCCUUGCUUUACCUUUGUCAUUGUUCUCAGACACCCUAACUGAGAUGUUGUUUUCUUAAAUUUGUUGUUUUUAUUUUGUGUGCUGUAAUAAAAGUUUAUUCAACA